AUGCCGGGCUCCGAGUACACCGCCGUCACGGGCGGCGCGCUCAAGCUCAAAGGCGGGCCCGCCGCCGGCAGCGGCAUCGACAAGAAGAAGAAGAAGAAAAAGAAGCCGAAGACGUCAUCAUCAUCCACUGAACCGACACCGACACCGACAGCCUCUACAGCAGCAGCAGCGAAAGACGACGACGACGAAAAGCAGCGAUCGGCACUGCAGCGCGCCCUCGCUGACGAGGAUGAGGACAAGGCCGGUGGUGAGGGCGGGGACGGCGAGAAGGGAAGGAAGGGGUCUGGUGGCGAUGGCGAGGAGGAGGAGGGGGAGCGGGAGCGGCGGCUGGGCAGGGCGGUGGCGGCGCAUAGGCACAAGACGGAGGCGGAGAGGAAGUACGAGGAGAGGAGGCGGAAGAGGUUGGACGAGCGGUUGAAGCGCGAAGGCGUCAAGACGCACAAGGAGCGCGUCGAGGAGCUGAACAAGUACCUCAGCACGCUGAGUGAGCACCAUGACAUGUAA